AUGCCCCCCUCGUCGCAGAAGCAGUGGACUGUCCAUGGCGGAAAGGACUUUGAUGGGCUCAAGUAUGGCGAUGGCCCUGUGCCCAAGGUCGGAGAGAACGACGUCCUCGUGAAGCUCCACGGUGCUUCUCUCAAUUACCGUGACUUGACCAUUCCCAAGGACAUGUACCCCUUCCCCCUCGACUUGCCCGUCGUCCCCGGAUCCGACGGAGCCGGCGAGGUCGUCGAGGUCGGAUCGAAAGUGAAACUGUUCAAGAAGGGAGACAAGGUCGUUACCCUGUUCAACCAGCUGCACCAGUACGGAGCCGUCGACAUCCCGGCGUCGCACUCUGGUCUCGGUGGUGUCCUCGACGGCACCCUCCGCCAGUACGGCGUCUUCCACGAGUUUGGCGUCGUCCGCGCCCCGAGCAAUCUCAACUAUGUCGAGUCGAGCACACUGACCUGCGCCGCGUUGACGAGCUGGAAUGCGCUGUACGGAUUGAAGCCGUUGUUGCCUGGAGACACUGUCCUUGUUCAGGGGACUGGCGGUGUGAGUAUCUUUGCGCUGCAGUUCGCCAAAGCCGCGGGCGCAACCGUCAUCGCAACAACCUCGUCGGACGACAAGGCCAAGAAACUCAAGGAGCUCGGCGCCGACCACAUCAUCAACUACAAGACGCAGCCAAACUGGGGCGAGGUUGCUCGCGGCCUGACGCGCGACAAGGCUGGCGUCGACCACAUCAUGGAAGUCGGUGGUGCCGGAACGCUCCAGCAGAGCUUCAAGUGCAUCAAGUACGAGGGCGUCAUUAGUAUCAUUGGGUUCCUGGGCGGAUUCGACCCCAAGACGGUGCCUGGUGUUCUGGAUACGCUGAGCAACAUUUGUACCGUGCGUGGUGUGUAUGUCGGAAGCAAGGCGCUUAUGCAGGAUAUGAUCCGCGCCAUUGAGGCGAAUAAUAUUCAUCCUGUUGUGGACCAGAAGGUGUUUACCCUUGACAAGGCGAGGGAGGCGUAUGACUACAUGUGGGGCAAGAACCAUUUCGGAAAGUUGGGCAUCAAGAUUGAGUAA